UGUACCCAUCAGACACUCAUUCCGAAACUGAGAAUUUUCUACUACACAAGUUCGCAAUGUAUCUAUUGCUUGUGACUGUUGUAAUAUUCUCAAGUUGGAUUUACGUAAGAUGGCGACACGUGAAGGGAUUCUGGGCUCGCCGGAAUGUACCACAUCAUCCCCCGCAUCCCAUUCUUGGAGGGCUCACGUUCCUGCAAAGAGAGAACCCUACUAUAUGGAUGAGAAAAAUGUAUAAAGAAUUCAAAACUCCAUAUGUGGGAACUUGGAUGUUCUGGCGACCAGCGCUCAUAAUCAAUUCCCCAGAAAUUGCACGCAGGAUCCUUGUGAAAGAUGCCGACGUUUUUCGAAACAGAUUUCUAAGCUCUGGGAAAUCUGAUCCCAUCGGUGGACUUAAUUUGUUCACGGUUAAUGAGCCUCUGUGGUCAUAUUUGCGACGACGUCUGACAGUUGUGUUUACAGCAGCGAAACUGCGAGCUCUUCAGAAUCUCAUAUCAACUAAGACUGAACAAUUGAGCAUGAGAAUCAGGAAUGAUAUAUCUCAAAACAAAUUUAUUGAUAUCAGAUCAUUAUAUGCUGACUACACUACAGAUAUAAUCGGAGCAGCGGCUUUUGGUGUUAAUGGUGAAGCAACACUUACUGGAGAAAGUCCUUUAAGAAGUGUUACAAAAACAUUUAUGGAAUACAAUCUGCACAGAGGACUGUCCUGGUCGAGCAUUUUCUUCUUUCCAGAAUUGGUUGAUAUAUUUAGGUUUUCGCUAUUUCCAAAAAGUUCAACAGAAUACUUUAGAAGGAUUUUCCGUACAGUAGUGAAAGAAAGAGGUGGAUAUGAGAACAGCGCUGGUGAAAAUAGAGACCUUCUGGAUGCUUUACGAAAACUUAAAUAUGAAGCUGAUCAAAAGAACGAAGAGAUAACAGAAGAUAUGCUAAUUGCGCAGGCAGCUAUAUUCCUUUUCGGUGGAUUUGAUACAACUGCUGUAACUCUUACGUAUCUUACAUUAGAACUGGCGUAUAAUCCUCAUGUACAGGAAAAGCUUUAUAUCGAGCUUCAAGAAGCUAAGGAAAGAAGUGGCGGUGAAGAUUUGGAUGCAACCACUCUGACAGAAAUAAAUUACAUGACUGCUGUAAUAAAAGAAACAAUGAGAAUAUUCCCUUCAAUGGGCUGGAUGGACAGGAUCUCAUCGGUAGAUUACAGGAUUGAUGAGAAUCUCGUCAUUCCAGCUGGCACUCCGGUCUACAUCAAUGCUGCAGGCAUACAUCUUGAUGAUGCAUACCAUCAGAACCCUGGAAAAUUUGAUCCUGAUAGGUUCAUGCCUAAAAAUGAAUUGAGUGUAACGCCUUUCACUUACUUGCCAUUCGGAGAAGGACCAAGAAGUUGUAUAGGUAAGCGUUUCGCUUAUAAUACAAUGCGUCGUACCGUGGCUUCUGUCGUCCUGAACUACAAGCUUAUUCCGUUACCAGGGUACAACAGACCUGAAGAGUGCUCUAUUGAGAAGAGAGGACUGUUCCUUGCACCAGAUCGUCCUCUCUCCAUACAGUUUGUACCUAGAUCCUGAUCUCCAUGAU